AUGGCGGCGGCGGCGGCCCCGGCGCCCGAGGCCUGGCCCGAGCUGGAGCUGGCGGAGCGCGAGCGGCGGCGCGAGCUGCUGCUGACGGGGCCGGGGCUGGAGCAGCGGGUGCGCGCGGCGGGCGGGCGGCUGCCGCCGCGGCUCUUCACGCUGCCGCUGCUGCACUACCUGGAGGUGAGCGGCUGCGGGAGCCUGCGCGAGCCGGGCCCGGGCCUGGCGCAGGGCCUCCCGCAGCUGCACAGCCUCGUGCUGCGGCGCAACGCGCUGGGGCCCGGCCUGAGCCCCGAGCUCGGCCCGCUGCCCGCGCUGCGCGUGCUCGACCUCUCGGGCAACGCCCUGGAGGCGCUGCCGCCCGGCCAGGGCCUGGGCCCCGCCGAGCCGCCGGGGCUCCCGCAGCUGCAGAGCCUCAACCUCAGCGGCAACCGGCUGCGCGAGCUGCCCGCCGACCUGGCGCGCUGCGCCCCGCGCCUGCAGACCCUCAACCUCACGGGCAACCGGCUGGACGCCUUCCCCGCCGAGCUCUUCCGCCCCGGCGCGCUGCCGCUGCUCAGCGAACUGGCGGCCGCCGACAACCGCCUGCGGGAGCUCAGCCCCGACAUCGCGCACCUGGCCUCGCUCAAGACGCUGGACCUGUCCAACAACCAGCUCAGUGAGGUCCCGGCGGAGCUGGCCGACUGCCCCAAGCUCAAGGAGGUCAACUUCCGGGGAAACAAGCUGUCGGACCGGCGGCUGGAGAAGAUGGUCCACGGCUGCCAGACCAAGUCCAUCCUGGAGUACCUGCGCGGCGGGGGCCGCGGUGGCGGGCGGGGCAAGGGCAAGGCCGAGGGCCCCGAGAAGGAAGAGGCCCGCAGGAGGCGGCGCGAGAGGCGGAGGAGGGAGAGUGGCGAGGGGGAGGAGGAGGAGGUGGACCACGCCGGCAGGCUGCUGCUCCGCGUCCUGCACGUGUCUGAGAACCCGGCCCCGCUGACCGUGCAGGUCAGCCCCACGGUCAAGGACGUCCGGCCGUUCAUCGUGGGGGCCGUCGUGAGAGGCAUGGACCUGAAGCCUGGGAACGCACUCAGACGGUUCCUCACCUCCCAGACGAAGCUCCACGAGGACGUCUGUGAGAAGAGGACAGCGGCCACCAUCGCGACCCACGACCUCCAGGCUGUGCGCGGGCCCCUGCUCUAUACCGCCCGCCCACCGCAGGACCUCAAGAUCGUGCCCUUGGGGCGCAAAGAAGUCAAGGCCAAGGACCUGGUGCGGCAGUUGCAGCUGGAGGCGGAGGAGCACAGGAAGCAGAAGAAGAGGCAGAACCUCUCGGGCCUGCACAGAUACCUGCACUUGCUGGACGGGAAGGACAGUUACCCCUGCCUUGUGGACGCGGAUGGCGACGUGAUCUCUUUCCCACCGAUAACCAACAGCGAGAAGACGAAGAUUCAGAAAACCACUUCUGCUCUGUUUUUGGAAGUGACAAGUGCUACGAGUCUGCAGACCUGUAAGGAGGUCAUGGACGCCCUCGUGCUGAAAAUGGCAGAAAUCAACAAGUACACGCUAGAAAAUAAAGAGGACGGAUCCCUUUCAGAUCCUGACGCCGACACGGUCUCCGGGCAGCCCCCGGAUCCCAGGGGGAGCUCAGGUGCCGAAAAGGCCGGGAGCACCCCGCUGGUCGUGGAGCAGGUCCGGGUGCUGGACGAGGACGGGCACCUGAAGGUGGUGUACCCCUCCAAGACGGACCUGGGCCUCGCCGCGCCCCACGUGACCGUGAUCCGCUGAGCCCUGGCGCCCGCCAGCCGCGUGGGUCCUCAGCUCUGCCCGAUGUGCGGACGUUAAGUCCCUCGUUUCUCUCCCGGUGGUUUGUAAGACCUACCCCUCCCCUGCGGCCGUCCAGCCCGUCCGUCCUGCCGCGGCGAGACCCCGUUGCCGUGGACUUGAAUCGUUUUGCCUUUCCGCCGCCAAACUGUUGUACUGAGGCUUUUUACAAAAUUCUCAAAUAUCAGAAUUAACUGUUCAAAACAUUCUGAAAUCAUGUGAACUCGGCCACUACCUUCAUUCAGGGGAGGAAACACACGGAUUGGCCUGGAUCUUCAGCUCCAACCCGGGAACCUAAACCGCGUGUUUCAGCGGGCCGCGCCGGGAUUUUUCUGCGAUCUGGCGGCUUUGGAAACCUCAGCGUGCAGGGGCACAGCCUCAAGGUGUGGAGAGACGCCCCAUCCCUAACUAGUUGGCCCCAAAUCGUUCUCUUUUUAUGAAAAAAAAAUCUUUUAGGUGACCUUAGAAUUGGCAGCAGCAUUUUUUUUCUUGCUCUUGUGGUUGGACGUGUCAGGGUUAGCGUCACAGGCCCCCCGUGCAGCCCGGAGGGCGCAGCCCACGUCAGAACACGUGGCUCGGGGCUCACACGCGGCGCCCUGUCGUGGACUCGGUGUCCGUGGACUGGCCAUUCUGCCGUCCACCAGCUCGAGGACAGACGGGGGUGUGCGCAGAAGGCGAAGUUGGAAGCCAGCAGCCAUAACGCAUGGCCGGUGAAUGGUUCUUCAGCGUUUUGUGUUUUAGGUUCUUUCCAGUUUUGAAUGUCUUGGGCCCCACACCCACGGCGUGAGUGUGUGUAUUUGUGUGUGCAAGUGCACGUGCACGCCCCUUCCUGGAACCCCAGGCCGCAGCCGGCCGCAGGGUAGAGGCUUUCGCUGACCUCCCUGCUUGUUGGCCGGGCUGGGUUACAAGACACCGACUCUGGCUUUUGGUAUUUCGUGAUCCCAUCGGUGUCACUUUCUGUGACCUGCAAGAGACAGUUCGUGUGUUCUGCUGACUUGGGGAGUGUUUGCGGGAGGCUCACUGAACCCGUGCAUUUAGCCAUCAAAACCGGACACAGGGAAGCAGGGGCGCUCCCAGAGGCACGAGGUUCUCCCAGAGCUCAGCCAGGCCGCUUUCGAGGACCCAGCGGGCUCUCUGGACAUCUCCAGGCCCUCCCUUCGGUCCCUGGGCUGAAGGUGCCAGAUGGUGGCUUUUCCUUGUUUUGUUAACCCCAGACCUAACCAACAUCUGCGCUGGUGGCUCUGGCUUGUCCUCUCACGCGCCCUGGGCUCCCGGGGCAGUGACUGCUGUGGGUGGGCUGGCUGGCGUGGGUCUGCGGCUGGGCAGGCCACAUGCCGUCAGCCGUGACCUCGCUGACGCGGGCAGAACUGCCAGCCUGGUGCCUUUCGGACGCAGCCCAGCCCGGUGUGAGGUAUGCGGAUGCCCCGAGCUUACGACCAGAAACCAGACAUCCUUCCUCUUUGCCGGUCCAGCCCGCUAAUAAAAGUCCUUUAAUAAAAA